AACAGACAGCUGCCAGCUGUCUAACAUACAAGAAUAUUUUUCUAAAGGCAGUUUUAAGAAUACUGGUACUGCGCCAGUGCUCUUCAGCUCGCAGAAGGGUGAUAAUAUUCAACUCUGUAACAUUCAAGAGACCAUUUGUUAUCACCAAUGCGUGCGAUUUCUAUUGCACUAAAAGGAGCACGAAAUAACACAUUUCUGUGAUGCUUCUAUACAAAGCACACGUUAGCUAAAUCGCAGACCGCCUGCAUGCAGCGCAGAGGUUCAUAUUCGUGCAGCACAUCGAUCUUCAGGAGCAGGAGAGAGACCUUCCUUGAGUAGCCAAGUUGCUCAUUCAGAAUUUAAGACUCAAAAGUAUGGCAGCAUUACCUGCUGGUAAUCUGAAAUGUAUCUUCUUCAGUGAAUUUCACCCACAAGCUGGACCUAAAAUCACUUAUCAGGUUCCAGAUGAUUACUUCUCAAGGGAGCUUUUUGAUAUAGUCUCUGUCUACAUCAUCCCAAAGCCUGAAUUACAAGACAAGCUCAUUACCGUUAAUGUCAAACAGGGUAAAGUGAUCGGAUGGCCCAGCUGCAUCCGAGAUGACAAGUAUGCCAGGAAUGAGUAUCUCUUCAACGUCUGUUUUGUAUGUGACUCUAAUACGGAUGUAUCACCUUACGAGACACUGGUCAAAAAGUUGUCUGCCUACUUCACAACACUCGAGCUGGAAUGCGCCUUUCUCUCAAACGAGGAAACCAAGUGCAGAGUGCCAGAUAUAUUGGAGAAACUUCUUACUCAUCUGAAUGAGUUUGGAAAAUGUUCAGUCCCAAUAAAUGAUUCUAACACCAUUCAUCUGAAGAUUGUACCACCUACCAAAGAACCACAGUCUGUCUUAGAGCACCAUGUUCCUAUGUUCCUGUGUAGUAAAGAACAUUAUGAUAACACACAGUGGGACCUUACAACACAACAGAUUCUUCAAUAUAUUGAUGGAGUAAAUCAUGUUCAAAGGAUAGCUGUUGAAGCAGAUGUUGAUUUGAAUCUAGUCAAGAUCUGCCUUCAAAACUUGCUGUACUAUGGAGUCAUUACUAUUGUUCCUAUCUUUCAGUAUUCCAAUGUUUACAUAGUGCAACCAUCUAUCAACAGUCUCAUGGAGAACUCCCAGCUACAAAGAGAGUGUAUUGAAUAUGUAACUCUCCCAGGUUACAAUCCUCCAACCUUGAGAUCUGUGAUGCUUCUGUAUAGUUCACUUUGCCCUGGGAUGACAGUCAGAGAUCUCUGUAUGAGACACAAUCCUAGAGCACUUAAUAUAUGUGAAAGACAUCUCAUUCAAUUUGGGGUGGUAAAAGGGCUGAUUAGAAGACUACAUAAAUACCCUGUCAAGCUGCCUACUGCUGAUAUGCAAUAUAAUGCUGGGAGAAAUCUAGACAGGUGGAUGCAAGGAAAGCUAAAUUUUGAUGAGAUUUGUUGUGGGACAGGAAUGAGCCACAAGGAAUUAGAUGAGCAAGUGGAGAAAGAUGUUGAUGUUUCAGUCUGCUGGAAAUGAUAGUCUCCUAUGACAGCUGUUGAUGAACUGAUCUUUCAUACAGGGUCCUGUGAUUUAGAGAGGCUGAAUAAUAGGAGCUGAUGUGUAUACUAUGGGAUGGGUUGUGGAGUUAUGUGGCCAAGUGGAUUAGUGUCCAGACUUUGAAACAGAGGGUCUUUGGUUUGUAUCCCAGCCACGUUGUAAUUUCCUUCAGCACAAAAUUCAUCCACAUGUGCUCUACACUUAAC